AUGAGGAAUAAAGAAGUUUUCUCUUAUCAACAAGAACGUGAUUAUAUUGAUGAUUGUUUACGUCAUGUUGGAAGUAAACAGCAUUUAUUUUAUGAAACACAUGUUUGUACAAUAUUUCGUGUAAUUGCUGGUCCAUCAGAACAUUUUUCUGAAACAAGAGCAUUAUAUCUAUUGCAAAAAUAUCGUCGUAAACGACAAUCUCAUUGUACUGGAAGUUUAUUAGAAGAUCGUAUUAGUUUUGAACGAAAUAAAGCAUCUGGUAAGAUACCAUUUCGUCCAUGGGUAACAUAUAAAGAAAUUAAAGAUAUAUACAUAAAUAGAGCUACUCCACAUUUUUUUGUACUAUGUAUUGAUUCUAUGUAUAGUUCUAUGAGAUAUUAUGAAAUAUAUAAAUGUAAGAUUCCUGAAACAGCACAAACAGUUUGUGAGUAUCUCAGACGAGCAAUGAAUGAUACGGAUAAAGUAUUACGUGAUUUAACAUCUAUUCGACAGGUUUAUGUUGACGAUGUGGGUCGUGUACGUUCAGUAAGUAAUUUUGAAAUUGAAAACAAUCGUGAAACAAUUUCAAUACCUGAGAAGAAUCAAAAUUAUUAUGCACAACAUACUAUCAGUCCUGUUUAUUUACCAUCACCAGUUAUGGUUUCACCAGUUAAACAAAGUUAUAGUCCACCACUUAAUGCCAGUGCUAAACGUCGAACUAUUGAUAGUUUAAUUGAUGUAACCUAUCUCACUUACGAUCCACACAGAGGUAUAAUAACGAACAGACAUGGUCCAGUCUAUUUAUAUUUGUAUAGACCAAAAAGUCAAGGAACUUUGGGAAAUAAUUCCAUUUACUCAGAUAGACGAAGUAGCUAUAGUUAUGGAAAUGAAGAUCAUCAUAGAAGCUCACCAUACAGGUAUUAA